GCGGAUUAUGUAUAGCGCUGCCUAAGCGUAACUGUUCAUCAUCGACUGCAACUGCACUAUCUAUUGUAGUACAGUACGAAUUUGACUUUGAUAUUUGGAAGCAAAGCAUAUCUGUGUCGAAAAUGCGACUCUAGCGUAGGAUUGCAAUUUUAUGCCGGAAGACAAAGAACGUAGCUCUCAUUGUAGUACUGCCUCUAGUGGUUCUCCAUCGCCUUCUAGGUCACUAGCUAAAACCGGUCUCAGUAAACUGCACUCGUAUCCGUUACCACAAUCGUUGCAAAACAUCUCGGGUAAAAGCGACGAAAGUGCGAAUAAUCUCACACAACAAUCGCUAUCCACUGCCAGAUCUUCGAUAAGCAAUCAUUCACUCGACUCUACUCCGGCUUCACAAACUCGGACAUCUCCAGAUGCAGUAUCACCGGCCUGGAAGACAUCGAUACGUAAGAUUGUAAGUGUACUGAAUUUGGUUCCGAAGGAGAAGACAGCGGCAGAAAAGCGACAAGAGCGAGAACAGCGAGAAAAAGAUAUGUUUCUCACUCGUCCAGCUAUAUGCCAAAAGCCAAUCAAAACAAUUAGCAAAUUCUGCAUCUCAUUGAGUGGCUGUGGUUUUCUUGGUUCCUAUCACUUUGGAGCUGUCAGCUGUUUUGUUAAGAAUGGAAAGUACGUGUUAGAUCGAUUGGAUAGGGCCAGUGGUGCUUCAGCUGGCAGUUUGGUGGCCUCACUUCUGCUUCUUGUGCCUGAUAAGAUUGAACCAGCUACGCAAGUCUUAUACGCGCUUGGAGAAGAACUGAUGAAACUCAACUUUGGCGCGCUAACUCCAGGCUACUAUCUGAACGAAAGAUUGAUCAAGAUCGUAGAUGAUUUCCUACCUGACGACAUUUCGCCGGCGCAAGGACGGCUGUACAUCUCUCUCACAAACAGACUAGAGCGUAAAAAUGUAUUAAUCAACAAAUUCAAAGAUAAGGAGCACUUACUCCAGUGCCUAAUGGCAAGCUGCUAUAUUCCCAUGUACUCUAUGGGCUACGGAGCACAGGCACCAAUCAUCGAUGGUUGCGAGUACAUUGACGGAGGCUACACCAAUAACUUGCCAGACUUCGAAGAUAUGCGCACAAUAACGAUAUCCCCAUUUUCUGGCCACGCAGAAAUUUCGCCUAUAGAUGAAGUGCACAUCUUCGAUUGGAAAAUGACGGUUGCUCAUCAGAUCAUGAAUGUAAAUUUUCAAAAUAUCGUACGAGGAGCACAAGCAUUGUUUCCACCAUCGCGAGCUGUGCUACAAGCUUACUACGAUUUGGGCUACAAGGAUGCUUUACGUUUCCUCAUUAAGAAUGAAAUCGUAGAAAGACCUGAAGGAACAGAAGUGUAGUGCUUAGGUAUGAGUAGAUGUGAUAAUUGCAUAACUGCCAUUUUCUGCGUUAACAGUGUGUUCUAAAGCUAGCAUCGCAAUUUUUAAUGCCAAUGCGACCUCUUCAAAGUGUACACUCCCAAGGAGUUACAGGCUAUUACUCGGGUUGAGCACAGUUUUUUUAAUAUGUAAUCUUCAUACGAACCUCACUUGAACCCAGAGAGCAUAUUCUAGUCGUGAUUUUGGCUAAAGCCUAUUAUCCUAAUUUGCAUGUCUUGUACACAUCUUUGUAUCAAAU